AUGCAGGACGUCAUCGUUGGCAAGUACCGUCUCUCCAAGACGGAGAACUUUGACGCUUUCCUCGCCGAGAUUGGCCUUGGCUACAUCAAGCGCAAGCUCGCCCAGUCGACCAGCCCCGAAAUCACCAUCACCCGCGACGGCGACAAGUGGACCAUGGUCACCUCGUCGGCCCUCAGCACCUCGGAGAUUUCCUUCUCCCUCGGCGAGGAGUUCCCCGAGGAGCGCCAGGACGGCGUCUCCGUCACCAGCUGCAUCAGCGCCGACGGCAACACCUGGACGCAGACGCAGAAGCCCGGCGACGGCAAGGACGUCACCAUCGUCCGCGAGUUUGGCGACAAGGAGCUCAAGGUCACGUCGACCAUUGGCAGCGUGACGGCCAACCGUGUCUACGAGCGCAUCUAG